CCUAAAUUUGUACUAUUCCUUGGCGUUUGAUAUACAAAUAACACCACUUGUAAGCUCGCAGUUUACAUUAAACAUUCCAUACAGCGACUUUUAAUGAGUUUGACUAAAAAUGAUGACAGCAGAAUGUCAAUAUGAGUCAUGAAAAUGCAAAGAUUUUGGAAUGGGACGUGUCCAAAAUUAAACCAGCCGCUCUUCUGAUAGCGACAUCACAACACUGGAAAAGUGGCAAAACGGGCGAAGAUUCGUGUAACUAAACGUCGGAAAGAGUCUGUCAGUCCCGGAAAAGCGAGGAAGUAAUUCGCACCGUCCGUCUUCCCCCCUUGGACUUGAGACUACAAGCAAGAUGGGGCAUCCCCCUCUGGAGUUUAGCGAUUGCUACUCGGACAGUCCUGACUUUAGGGAGACGCUUAAGUGCUACGAGCUGGAGCUGGAGAGAACUAGCAAGUUCCUUAAAGAGUUAAUAAAAGAUGGCAACAAUGUAAUUAAUGCAAUUAAAGGUUAUUCUCUGGCUGUGCAGAAGCUCUCGCAGACUCUCAGUGUGUUCCAGUUUGACUUCAUUGGUGACUCCCUGACCGAUGAUGAGAUCAACAUCGUGUUCUGUGACCUUUCAUCCGCAGCUCAGUCAUUCCAGGAGUUUGCGGGACUCUUACAGGAAGCGGAGCACGACAGGAUGAUGCUGGUUCAGAAUGCAUCAGAUCUGCUCAUCAAGCCUCUGGAGAAGUUCAGAAAGGAGCAAAUCGGUUUAACAAAAGAAAAGAGGAAAAAAUUUGAGAAAGAAGGUGAAAGAUACUACUCCCAGCUGGACAAGCACCUGAAUCUUUCUGCUAAGAAGAAGGAGAGUCAACUUCAAGACGCUGAUGAGAUCUUGUGUAAAGAGCGAGUCAACUUCUACGAGUCCUCUGUGGAGUAUGUGUACCAGAUCCAUCAGGUCCAAGAUAGGAAGAAGUUUGAUGUGGUGGAGCCUGUACUGGCAUUUCUCCACAGCGUCUUGACCCUCAACAACCUAACGGUGGAGAUGACGCAGGACUUCAUGCCCUACAAGCAAGAGCUGCAGCUCAGCCUGCAGAAUACGAGGAACCACUAUGAGAGCACUCGUGAGGAGAUGGAGGACCUCAUGAAGCGAAUGAAACACUCAUCGCAGAUCUGCAAAAGGCCCAGUUGGCUCCCCAUGGCCGGGUAUCUGUAUUGUCAGGAGAAGUGGGCCCUCGGUGUAACGUGGGUCAAAUACUACUGCAAAUACCACACAGAGGGACGACUGUUGGUUAUGGUUCCUUGUGAACAGAAACCCACCACUAAGCAGGGACCCACGCAGCUGACCCUGAAAUUUUGUGUGCGCCGGAAGACAGAUUCCAUCGACAAGCGCUUUUGUUUUGACGUGGAAGUUAACGAGAGAAACACGCCUGUCACGUUCCAGGCUCUCUCGGAGGGAGACAGGAAAUUGUGGAUGGAGGCCAUGGACGGAAAAGAACCUAUAUAUCACUCCCCGAUACACAAGCAAGCGGAAAUGGAGCUCAAUGAAACUGGAUUCAAGUUUGUGCGGAAGUGCAUCAACUAUGUGGAAGAAAAAGGAGUCACACAAGAGGGUGUGUAUCGAACAGUUGGCAGCAACAUCCAAGUGCAGAAGCUUCUCAAUGCCUUCUUUGCUCCUGGAAACUCAGGGGAUGUGGACCUGCAUUGUGGCGACUGGGACAUUAAAACUAUCACCAGUGCAAUGAAGUUCUAUUUAAGAAGUCUGUCUGAACCUCUGAUGACCUACGAUCUGCACCGAGACCUCGUUCUAGCUGCAAAAUCGGACAGUUUGGACUUCCGACUGAGCGAGAUUCACUCGAUUAUCUACAAAUUACCUGAAAGAAAUCGGGAGAUGCUUGAGAUGCUUCUCAAACACUUGGUGGUUGUGUGCAGUCACAGCAAAGACAACCUCAUGACAGCUUCAAACAUGGCCGUCAUCUACGGACCCACAUUGAUGAGAGCAAAGGAAGAGACGGUGGCCGCCAUGUUGGACAUCAAAUUCCAAAACAUUGUUGUGGAGAUUCUGAUCGAGGAAUACAAAAAGAUUUUCAGUCACAAGCCGGAGGACAGCAACGCCCCGCCCGUCCCUCCUCCACGCAUCACCCCGAGAAAGCGGCAGCCCAUCACCAUCUCCAAGCGGCCGCCUCGUCUUUAUCCACCUCUGAGUCACGAGCACUUCCUCCAGCCGCAGCACAUUGAGAAUGGCCAGAGCAGCGACUCUGCGAUGGAAGGCGAUGUCUCGGCGACCCCCGUUCCCUUGCAGAGGACCAAAUCUUCAAACUGCGCUCCACUUGUUCCCCGAGAACCUCUUCGCAGGCAAGCACCGCUCUGCAGAGCAGCUACCAGUCAGGUCGACUUUGACAUCAGUAAAGUAGAAAGGCCAGAGUCUUCUUCACUGCCAAAUGGAGAGCCUGGAGUCACCGUGAGUCGAGUAACUUCAGCACAGGGCAGAAGACCUCAUCCUAAAGGCGAAUAUGAUGGUCUGAGCAGAACUGGCAGAACACCUCAAAUUUCCAGACCCCCGAUUAGGCCUCCUGAGCCCCCCUCCAGGCAACCUUCUCUAAAGCUACAGAGUGCAGCCAGCAACGAUGGACCCGCUGCAUCCUAUGUUGCUUCAAAGGCUAAAUUUUUCGAGAAUGCCUCAAGACACGGUAGCAGUUUACCGCCUUCCCAGUCAUCAGCAGCGACAACGCAAGAAAAAAAAGAGAAUUGAAGAUGAGCGGAGCAUUUGGAAGCUGGAGGGGAUGAUGCCAUCAAUGGGCCGACAUGUCGUUCGCUAUUGGGAAGAGUGGGACGGCAACUGCUUGAGUAAUUUGUGUGCCUUGUUUGAAUCGUUUUAAGGCAACAUGGCCGCAAAGUGACAUUUGAAUGUGCGUUUAAGGCCAUCGUCCUGUUUCUGAACAUCAUUCCAAUGUUUCGGCGUUCACGUCUCUCUCGCCUGUGAGUUGUUCUACAGUGUUACAAUGUGGGAAUUUACAGUACCGGUACUCCUAAUUGGCUCUUAAAACAUUUGGGCACUUUUUAUAGUCUAUCCAUCCGUAACCUUUGUCUCAUCCGUCUGUGAUAAAUCCAAAACUUAUUUCAUUUGAAUGUGUUCGUUUGUUUAGAAAAUUGUAAUAUGAACUUAAUUUCAAGCCGAAUAUCUGACAAGACUGACCAAAGUGUAAAAGGAAACGGGAAAUCAAAUUUUCCAUUUCAAUUCCAGUGACUCAUCCACUUCCACCGAUUGCACAUCGUACAUCGGCCAUAAUUAGUGUUGAUACAUUUCCGACGUGAAAGGUAUUUUCUGCCUCCGUAGGUCAGCUUUUGCUUAAAAAAAAAAAAGAUUGUUUGCACCUCCAAUAACAUUUGGAGCAGAUGUUGUUACACAGUGUGAUAUUGAACUCCAUUGUUUCAUAUUUAUCUGCCAAGUUUUAUUCUUUCCCUCCAACCUGGAAAUUGCAGUUGUUCUUUUGUUUAAAUGUGAAAAAAAUGUAUAGUUUAAAGGGAAAAAUGCCUGUUACCACUGUUGUAUGAUGAGAUUAGAAUAUGUAGUGUUUCCAAUCUUUUUUGGUCUGUCAACAGUAGUAGACGUUAACAGUAGGAUGCCUUCCUGGUGCAUGCAGCAUAUGGUUUGUUUCAAAAAAAUUGUCAACGCUAAGAUUAGCACUUUUUUUUUUAAACUGGACUGCUUUCGAUAAACAGAUUGUCCCAACAGUAGUAUAACAGCCAGCAUUGUUUGUGACAGUAAACAGCUUGAGUUAACACGUUUGUUCUUUGCACGUUUUCCAUACACGUAGGAACUGUUGUUCACAGGGUGACCCGAUGGGUACAAAUGGAUACAAAACAAGCCAUUUGAUUGAGAGAAAAAAAUAUUUUACGAUGUGUAAAUAAAGAGGGGAGUGCUUUUUUUUCUCA